AUGGCGACCGCGACCGUGACUGCGACCGACACGCAGGCCCGCCACGCGAAGGAGCAGGUGGUGGACAAAAUCCCCGCGCGCAUAAAACACAUCCAGUUCGGCAUCUACUCCAACCCAGAUGUGGUCAACCAGGCCGUGCUCGAAGUAUCCGAUCGCAAUGUCUACGAUCUCACCACGACCAACGAAAAUGCGCGCGUACUCACCGAGAACGGGCCCAUGGACACGCGCAUGGGCAUAUCGACCAAGGUGGGCAAGUGCACGACGUGUGGUGAGGGCUUAAACGAAUGCAAUGGCCACUUUGGGCACAUCAAGCUUGCGCUGCCUGCCUUCCAUGUGGGAUAUCUGAAGCACAUCAUCGAAGUGCUCAAUUGCAUAUGCAAAGACUGUUCGCGAGUGUUGUUAGACGUGCCUGAACGGAGGAAACAUCUACGGACCAUGCGUCGACCAGGUAUGGACAAUCUGCAGCGGACAGCUCACGCGAAGAAGAUCAUGGAGGAGUGCCGGAAGAGGAAGAACUGCCCCUAUUGCGGUGCGCUCAACGGCACCGUACGCAAGGUCCCUGGACAUCCUCUCAAAGUCAUCCACAACCGCUACGAUGCCUUUCUGCGGUCCACUGCCAGGACAAAGAAGACUCCUCUUGGGCGGCAAGAGUUCGAGCAAUCCUUCGAAACAGCAAAGGCAGCGAACAACGAAGUGGACAAGAAUUUCAAGAAGGCGGUGGAUGACAUGCACCCGCUACGGACCCUCAACCUCUUCAAGAAGAUAUCGCCUGAAGACUGUGAGCUGCUAGCCAUGAUUCCGGAAGACGCUCGCCCGGAGAUGCUGAUCUGGGAAUACAUGCCUGUACCACCCGUAGCUAUUCGACCUUCCGUGAUGCAGGAGGCAGGUGCGACCGAGGACGACAUCACCAACAAGAUUGGUGACAUUUGUCACAUCAGCAGCAUUAUCCGGGCAGGACUUGCACGCGGCUUCCCUCUCCAGAUACUCAUGGAGCAGUGGGAUUUCUUACAACUACAAAUUGCCAUGUACAUCAACAGUGAGACGCCAGGCUUGAAACAGCAAGGACUCCAGAAGACGAUGCGUGGCUUCUGUCAGCGACUAAAGGGCAAGGGUGGUCGGUUCCGGCAGAAUCUGUCCGGAAAGCGUGUCGACUUCUCUGGUCGCACCGUUAUUGGACCGGACCCCAACCUCGCAAUUGAUGAGGUUGCAGUACCUCAGCGAGUUGCUAAGAACCUCACAUACCCUGAGAAAGUUACCAAAUACAAUAUGGACAAGAUGAAAAAGGUUGUAAAGCUAGGCCCUUACGUCCAUCCCGGAGCGAACAACAUCAUCAAACUCAAUGGACGCUCUAUGGCGCUAAGCAUUCUUGCACGCGAUACCACAGGCCAGAAGCUCAUAGACGCUGCUGACCGGUUACAAAUUGGUGACAUCGUAGAGCGCCACCUUGAAGAUGGUGACAUCGUGCUCUUCAAUCGUCAACCUUCCCUUCAUAGGCUCAGUAUUCUCAGUCACCGUGCUAAGAUUCGACCAUGGCGUACAUUUCGACUCAACGAGUGCGCCUGUAAUCCGUACAACGCUGACUUCGACGGUGAUGAGAUGAACUUGCACGUACCCCAAACCGAAGAAGCGCGGACAGAAGCCACUGAACUCAUGGGUGUCAAAUACAAUCUAGCAACCCCCAAGAACGGAACGCCACUCAUUGCUGCGAUCCAGGAUUUUAUAACAGCAGCAUAUCAAUUGAGCAGCAAAAACAACUUCUUUGAUCGAGGAACCUUCACUCAGAUCUGCAACUACAUGUUUGCCGGUGAGGGAGCAUUCGAUCCUUCCACGGGUAGAUAUCACCCUAUUGAGCUGCCGCCACCUACCGUUUUGAAACCCCAGGCUCUCUGGACUGGUAAACAGGUCUGGAGCGUUCUUAUGCGGCCUUUCAAGGACUACGGAGGACGCGAUAGGCCUAUCCUAGUCAACCUGGAAGCAAGAUGCAAACAGUUCAAGGCCAAUCCAGGAGUUGCAGACGAUCUCAACGAAGACGACGCGUUUCUUGUAAUCCGCAAUUCUGAAGUCAUGUGCGGCUGCUUCGACAAGGCUACAGUCGGUGACGGAAAGAAAGACUCCGUGUUCUAUGUCAUCAUGCGUGACUUUGGUGAAGACUAUGCAGUCCAAGCCAUGAAUCGACUUGCGAAAGUUUCUGCUCGCUGGCUCACUAACAAUGGAUUCUCACUAGGCAUCAACGAUGUUACCCCCGGAGAUAAACUGAACGAGAAAAAGCAAGCCUUGAUCGACAAAGCGUACGCGGAGUGCGAUGUACUCAUCAAGCAGUACAAGGAAGGCACAAUUGAGCGUAUGCCCGGGUGCGACGCCUUGACAAGUAUGGAAAACAAGAUUGGUGGUAUCUUGUCUGGAGUGCGUGCAGCUGCCGGUGAAGUGUGUUUUGAAGAACUCAGCAGAUGGAACGCUCCUUUGCUCAUGGCCAAGUGCGGAUCCAAGGGCUCCAACAUUAACGUCUCCCAGAUGGUUGCUUCCGUCGGCCAGCAAAUGAUUGGCGGUGCGCGCGUCGCCGAUGGUUUCCAACACAGGACACUCCCACACUUCCCGAAGGCUGCUCGUCAACCAGUCUCGAAAGGAUUUGUCAGCAACAGUUUCUUUUCCGGUUUGACUCCGCCAGAAUUCAUAUUCCACGCCAUGAGUGGUCGUGAAGGUCUCGUCGACACUGCAGUCAAAACGGCCGAAACGGGGUACAUGAGUCGAAGAUUGAUGAAGUCGCUCGAGGAUUUGUCGAAACAGUAUGACAACACUGUAAGCAAUUCUUCUGGGACAGUCGUGCAAUUUCAGUAUGGAGCGGAUGACCUCGACCCCGUCGACAUGGAGGGGAAAGCCGCGCCAGUGAACUUCGUUCGUACCUUCACUCAUGCAGUCACCAUAACCUGGAACAAUGCGAUCCCUAGCCUCACGCCCAACGCAGUACGUAAAUGGACAGAGGAGAGACUCAACAAGAGGCGGAACCUGAGAGACCUUCGACGCAUGGCACUCGAUCAGGUCACAGAGCUUGACUUCAAAGACCAGAGCGACCUUAGCCUUGACGACAAGGACCCUGAGCGCGCUUUCGUCGAUGACGUACAGAACUUCGUCUUCAAACAAGCGGAUAAACUUGAAAAGACUCUUGCUUUCCUAGGCCUGCCAGACCCACCCAAUGCUACAAGUGAAAGAUCUGAGAGAGACACCACGAGGUAUGGGCUGGCCGACGGUAUUGCAAAAAUCUCACAACAAGCUCUUGAGACGUUCAUUGAACUGUGUCUCACCAAGUACAAGAAGUCUAAAGUACAGCCAGGCCACGCUGUAGGCGCAAUUGGAGCGCAAUCGAUCGGAGAGCCGGGUACCCAGAUGACACUUAAAACUUUCCAUUUUGCUGGUGUUGCGGGUAUGUCUAUCACACAAGGUGUUCCACGUAUCAAGGAAAUCAUCAACGCUUCUACUGCCAUUUCCACGCCCGUCAUCGCAUGCCAACUGUCUAACCCAGAAUUUGAAAAUGCCGCCAGAGUCGUCAAAGCCCGCGUAGAAAAGACUUUCUUGAAGGAUAUCGUUACUUACAUUGAAGACAUCUGGCAUCCAGAUGGUUCUGCACGCAUCAAUAUGGGUCUCUGCGAGGAAACCAUCAAGAAUCUUUUCCUCGAUCUUCGAGAUCACGACAUCAUCUCCGGAAUCAAUAAGCACAAGCCACUCAAAUGGGGGAAAGCUGGCGCCAAAGUGUCCAUCAAGAAUGGUAAAACGGUUACCAUCUUUAUUGCCGAUCCGCAGUUUGAGAAGAAGCCUGCUGCCAAGUCCACGAAAACUGUACAGAAGCAGUACUUCGAACGCGUUCAGCAGGUCAAGACUCUCGUUUUGGACGCCGUAAUCAAAGGUUAUCCCGAUGCCCAACGUGCUAUCAUCAAGAAGGAAACGUCUCCCAAUGCGAGAAACAACUACGAAUGCCAGCUGCUCGUCGAGGGCUACGGUUUGAAAGACUGCUUGAACACACCCGGUAUCGAGCCAUACAAGACCAAAUCCAACCAUAUCAUGGAAGUUAACCAGGUUCUCGGCAUCGAAGCUGCUCGUGCGACCAUCGCUGCAGAAAUUGGAGAAGUCAUGGGAUCCAUGGACAUCGAUCCACGUCAUAUGGCACUGCUUGCUGAUGUCAUGACCUUCAAGGGCGCAGUGUUUGGUAUCACUCGUUUCGGUCUUCAAAAGACGAGGGACAGUGUGCUUCAGCUGGCCAGUUUCGAGAAGACGCCUGAUCAUUUGUUUGAGGCUGCUGCGAAGGGCAAGAUUGAUAAUAUUGACGGUGUUUCGGAGUGUAUCAUCAUGGGGCAGAGCGUUAAGCUGGGGACGGGUGCUAUGGAGGUCUAUCGCCCGUUGGAAUUCAAAGAGGGUGAUAUCAAGGCCAAACCCACUAUGUUCGAGACUGGAUGGGAUGCGUUAUAA